CCCGUCAGUAUAUAUAGGCUUUGUUGGUUCUAGAAGAUGAUAUGUGUUUCACUUUGUAACUCGUGAAUGCUGAAAAUUAUCUGUUUCUUUCCACUCCAUGAUUACGUCUGGAAUAGAAUAUAUAGAUGUUUAACAAAACCCCAGCACGAAAAAUACAUCGGUUAUUAGAUUACGUCUGAAAUAACCACUAUCAAUUGCCAAUAAAAGUAGUAUGGAUAGUGUCGUGUCAUCUGCACAAGAACUAACGUGUACCCAUAAUGAAAGGUUAUGCAGUAACUUCGUAAUCCACUGACAGGUUUGUAUGUGUGUGUGAUGAAUAAUUUAGUGCACGGCCAUACAGACAAUUGCUUUCAAAACUAACUGGUUGCAGCGUUUUGCCAUUUGCCACUCGCUAACAAAUCAGAAAUCGCCAUUAGUAAAUAAACAUUCAGCUGUAGAAUAUAUAUACAUGUAGUUUUGAUUAUCAUCUUAUUGUUUCACCAUACGUUCUGUGUUUAACCAAAUGUAAUGAUUAUUCCUAACCUGUGUGCCAUGUUAAGGGAAUAGGCAAAAUGCGAUUUUGAAGCAGUAUAAACUGAAUAAAGAUAGACACGAUUAAAUGAUGAAAACUGUGUUUCUUGUGUCGGUUUUCUUGGUCGAUGUUUUCUUGCACGUUAAUGGUUCUGUACGAACAUGUACAAAUCUGGACAACUUCAAAUAUUUACGAAGGAAUAAAGACAUAACUGCAUUAGGUAUAGACGUUAUAGAAGACACUGGACUUGUGGAAUGUGCGGCACGAUGCAAGCUUCGUAACAUGUGCAAAUCGUUCAGCUUUAAGCAUUCCAGUGGAAAAUGUAAACUUUUUUCCAUUACAAUCGAACAAGCCGGGAAUUCAUUUGUUACUCAAAAAGGAACCGAUGUAAGCAAUGCAGAGGAUUGGCCUUCAAGAAUAGCUGGUCCUUGUGAAAACAACUCUUGUUCCAAGAAUGAAGUUUGCGAACCAACUAGCAGAUACUCGAAGAAAUGUGUCGUAGUGUACUGUCCAAGCCCACCAACUGUUGCCAACGCCCAACCUGCCUUCACCACAACCUACGAGACGACCAAAGUCGGAAGUCGUUUGUCCUACACUUGUGAUUUUAACUACCACCCAGUAGGUAACAGAAUCUGUCUCCCAAACGGAACGUGGUCUGACUUCAAAUGUGAACUUGAUCACUGCCCGACCGACGAUGGGUACGUACUACUUGAAAACGUGUGCAUCAAGGUGGUCAGUGAUAGGAAACCAGUUGAUGAAGCACGUGUGAAAUGCAACCAGUCAGGUGACAGAUUGGUGGUCUUGGACACGGAGAAGAAAAAUGAAGUUGUCAGUGACUACGUCAGUAGAUCUCUCGGUCCAGCGUGGUACAUUAUUGGCCUGUCUGACGUGCAAACAGAGGGUGCGUUUGUCUGGGAGGACGGAAGUGUCGUCACAUUUUCAAAAUGGAGCCCUGGAGAACCAAACAACAAUGGAAAUGAAGACUGUGUCGCGUUAGUGCCUAAGAUCAAGUCAUGGAUUGACAUCUCAUGCACAUUCUCACGAAAGUACAUUUGUGAAAAACUACUCUGAGCAAGGUGGCCAUAUGUCUGGCUCGCCCUUUUCUCGACGUUUGUUGUUGUUUAUUGUUUGUUGUUGUUGUUGUUGACUUCCCAUGCACAGUCACAGAGAAGUACAUUUGUGAAAACCUACUCCGAGCAGGGUAGCCAUAUGCCUGGCUGGCUCUUUUCUCGUGUGUUUGUUGGGGAAAACAAAUCUGAACAUGGUGGCGCUAUGCCUGGCUCGUUCUUUUCCCGUGUGUUUGUUGGGUAAACCACAUCUGAGCAUGGUGGCCCUAUGUCAGGCUCGCUCUUUUCUCAUCAUGUGUUGUUGUUGUUGUUGUUAUUGUUUUAUUAUUGUAUUGCUUCAUAUUAUUCGUAUUUAACUGAGACGACGACAUUCAGUGAACUACUGUCAAAACAUUGAUGACACCAAAAUCUUCAUCCCGGCAUGUGUAUUCCAUCAAAGUUUGUAAUUGAUUGUAAAGGUGAUUUCAAAUAUCCUAGCUAGUACGAUUAGUUUGAAGGGCAUGUGUGUGUGUGCGUGUGUGUGUGUGUGUGUGUGUGUGUGUGUGUGUGUGUGUGU